GUGGUCUGUGUGCUAAAGGAAGCCGCUGCACCGGAAUCUGAAGAAUUUGAGGUGUCCGCCAAGUCUGCUGUUCACCGUCAGCUUCUCUCUCUGUGCACCCCCGUCUCCAUUCAACUAUCUGCGGGAAGAUUGUAAGGUUUAAAAAGGAACCAACAUGUCUCAGGCCGACAAAAUGAAGCAGGGCCAGUUCACCAACCCUGAGACUCCAGGGUACGUUGGAUUCGCCAACCUGCCGAAUCAGGUUCAUCGCAAGUCAGUAAAAAAAGGUUUUGAGUUCACCCUCAUGGUGGUAGGUGAAUCUGGGCUUGGAAAAUCCACCCUGAUCAACAGCCUGUUCCUCACUGACCUCUACCCUGAGAGAGUCAUCCCUGGAGCAGCAGAAAAGAUAGAAAGGACGGUUCAGAUCGAGGCAUCGACAGUAGAAAUCGAAGAGCGAGGAGUGAAGCUGCGUCUCACUGUGGUGGACACACCCGGAUACGGAGACGCCAUCAACAGCCAGGAUUGUUUCAGCACCAUUAUCAGCUACAUCGAUGACCAGUUUGAGCGCUACCUCCACGACGAGAGCGGUCUAAAUCGUAGACACAUUGUCGACAAUAGAGUUCACUGCUGCUUUUAUUUCAUCUCCCCGCUUGGCCACGGCCUGAAACCCCUGGAUGUCCAGUUUAUGAAGGCCAUCCACAACAAGGUCAACGUGGUUCCUGUCAUCGCCAAGGCGGACACGCUCACCCUCAGAGAGAGGGAGAGGCUCAAGCGCAGGAUUCUGGAUGAGAUUGAUGAACACGGUAUUAAGAUCUACCACCUUCCUGAUGCUGAGUCAGAUGAGGAUGAGGACUUCAAAGAGCAGACCAGGAUCCUCAAGGCUAGCAUCCCAUUCGCAGUGGUAGGAUCCAACCAGCAGAUUGAGGCCAAAGGGAAGAAGGUGAGGGGCCGCCUGUACCCCUGGGGUGUGGUCGAGGUGGAGAAUCCCGAACACAAUGACUUCCUCAAGCUGCGGACCAUGCUGAUAACCCACAUGCAGGAUCUACAGGAAGUGACUCAGGACCUGCACUACGAGAACUUCCGUUCGGAACGCCUCAAGCGGGGCGGCAGAAAGGGACCGGAGCCGGAGGAAAUGGACAAGGAUAUAAUCCUGCAGGAGAAGGAGGCUGAGCUAAGACGAAUGCAGGAGAUGAUUGCCAAGAUGCAGGCCCAGAUGCAGAAGCACGGAGAUGGAGAGGGAGACGGCCCCCAUGCGUGAAAAGCCAGUAUUUGAGCCACUGCUUGAGUUUGACCAGAGAGAGAAAGAGAUGAACGAUAGCAGCAAAGGAUGUAGAAGCUACCUGGUUGUUGACUCAUACUGCUAGCCACUAUCUUCAUUCAGUCCCCCACGGGAUCUGGAGUCUUUUUUUUCUUUUCUUUUUUUUUUAUACAUACAGUCAAAUAUAUUCAAACAGUGUUAUGUUCAUAUAUAUAUAUAUAUACACACACGGUUCUAUUUCUUACACUUUUAAAACAUUUUUGUUUCAUUUAAAACUUUUGCCAGUUUCGCAAAUGAAGUAAUGUGACCCAUCUCUUUAAACGGUGGCAAAUAUUUUUAAUACAAAACCAUUGGGAGUUACUGUUACUUUUCCAUUUUUUAGCUAUUGACAAAACCAAAUUAUUGCUGCUUCAAUUCACUGCUUUUAGCCCCAGAGCUGCUCUCAACACACAUACUAACAUUUGCUCUGUGAAAGAGCUUCAGUGGGAGAGUCAGCUGUAGCAGAAAUAGCUGAAAAUCUUCUUUCUGCCAUCGUUAUUACGCCAUUGUCUCAAUGUUCUUUUUGUCAAGAGAAAACUGUAUUUCAGAUUUCCCUCUGGUUCAGAAGUGACCAUACAAACCUCCCGUUGAAUAGGGUCGAUCCUGCUCAGUGUUAAUUUGUGUUAUUCCACUCAUGCAUGCAGCUCUAGACCCUGUCUGGAAACAUUUAAGGUGAAUUUCCUCAGUGUUGUGUUGGGAUUUUUGUUCAAAUCUUACCCAUUACUGCAUCUCUAAGACCAAUGUCGCCAAGUACAACGGCAUUAAAGUAUAUUUAAGCUCCUUUUGAGUUUAAUAUUAGAUAAACUGUGACCCUUGGCCUCUUACAGUCUUCCUGUAGACCUGACAAAUGAAGGAUAGUCAAUGGAGGUGUGUUUGACUGACACACUUCAGUUUGGUGCUUUCAAUCAACUUGACACUCCAUGUUUCCUCCAUAAUGUAAAGUGAAGUGCCAGCGAGCAUUGUUAACGUUUUUUUUUGUUUCAUUGAUGCUCAUUCGAUACGAUAGAAUUUUGUAAGAGGCAUAGUUUUACCUGUCCCAACUGCUGAGUGCUUUGUGGUUUCCACGACCACAGAGGUUAAAGGUGACCUGACGAGGUCGGUGUAGCCAAUGUUUUCCCUCACCAGCCAAGAUGUGAGUUCUUGACAUUCCUCUUUGUGCUGUUUUUAAUCCAAUAUUAAAAUACCAAAUAAUGUUCUUGAUGCAUAUAUUGUAAUAAAAGUUUUAUUCAACUU